GUGUUUUUUUCCCGCAAGUUAAUGUGCAAAGAUAGUUAGCUGUCACUCCAAUGCUAAGCUAGCUAAACGAGCUUUAAGGGGCCAUGUGCCUGCCAUGCAUUUUUUUACUUCAUUGUGGAAGUAGCUAGCCAGCCACUUCCCAGCGCGUGGUUUUAACUUUGUCAACCAAUUUGUCUUUUCACUAUUUGUGGUUGAAAUCAUUCUAAAAGUUGGCUACAGGUCCUGUUUUUGUUGGCCUAGCGAGGCUUUGGCAAGUAAAGUACUUGUGUUGCAAGUGACUUUAAUGUUUUAGAAACUGAAAAUGACUGGCCGUGCACGAGCACGAUCAAGGGGCCGAGCGCGCGGUCAAGAGACCGCGGCACCUGGCGUGACACCCUUUCAGGAGACAGCACGAGAAGCUCCCCCCUCUGAGGGUGAGCUUGUGGGUCGAGGAAGACAGAGAACUGCCCCAGGGGCUGUGUCCUCUGAAGCCGUUAUUCAGAUAUCUGCAGGGUUUCAGCAGGUGAAGAUCGGAGAGAGAGGUGGACGGCGUCGUGACUUUCAUGAUGCAGGAAUCAACACCAGGCAGGCCAUGGAGCAUGUGAGAGAGUCCAAGUCUGGUUUAUCUGGUUCUCCCAUUGAGCUGAAAGCCAACUUCUUCAAGAUCCUGUCCCGCCCUCAGUGGGUGCUGUACCAGUACCAUGUGGACUUCAAGCCCGUCAUGGAGUCACGGCGCCUACGUUCUGCCCUCAUGUAUCAGCAUGAGGAAACACUAGGCAAAGCUCGCACUUUUGAUGGAGCCCUCCUCUUCCUGCCUCACAAACUGCACAACACGGAGACUGUGCUGUACAGUGAGACCAGAAUGGGUGAGAAAGUCCAGAUCACUGUCACUCUGACCAAUGAGCUGCCCCCCACUUCUCCAGUGUGCCUGCAGUUCUACAACAUCAUCUUCAGAAGAGUACUGAGGAUGCUGAACAUGCAGCAGAUUGGACGCCAUUACUACAACCCAACAGACCCACUCAACAUCCCACAGCACAGGCUGACCAUCUGGCCCGGCUUUACUUCCACCAUCCUCCAGUACGAGUCCAGCAUCAUGCUGUGCACAGACGUGAGCCACAAGGUACUGCGCAGUGAGACGGUGCUCAGCUUCAUGAUGGGCCUCAGGCAGCAGAGUGGAGAUCAGCGCUUCCCAGAGGCCUGCACCAAGGAGCUGGUAGGACUCAUCGUCCUCACCAAGUACAACAACAAAACCUACAGGAUUGAUGACAUUGCGUGGGACCAUACUCCCAACAACACAUUCAAGAGGGGAGACUCUGAGAUUUCUUUCAAAGACUACUACAAGGCACAAUAUGGUCUGGACAUCACUGACGGCAACCAGGUGCUUCUGAUCAGCCAUAUGAAGAAGAUUGGUCCUUCUGGAGGACCACCCCAAGGGCCAGCCAUGCUUGUCCCAGAGUUCUGCUACCUCACAGGCCUGACUGACAAGAUGCGUGCUGACUUCAACAUCAUGAAGGACCUGUCCACCCACACCAGACUGACCCCAGAGCAGAGGGAGGGGCGGCUCAACCGCUUCGUUGGGAACAUCCACCAGAACACGGAGGCCCAGACAGAGCUGAAUACCUGGGGACUCAACUUUGACAACAAACUCCUGAGCCUCACAGGCAGGGUCCUCCCUGCGGAAAGGAUUGUGCAGGGAUCCAGAACGUAUGAGUACAACCCCUGGCAAGCAGACUGGUCCAAGGAAAUGAGAGGCAUCCCACUGAUCAGUUGCCGACCACUGGAGAACUGGUUAAUGUUCUUCACCCGCAGGAACAAUGAUGUGGCCCAGGCCCUCCUGCAGACCCUCAACAAGGUCUCCACACCCCUGGGCAUCCGCAUGCAGAGGGCCAUCAUGGUGGAGUACGAGGACCGUCAGGAGUCUCUGCUCAGGGCCCUGCAGCAGAAUGUUAAGAAGGAAACCCAGAUGGUGGUGGUGGUCCUGCCCAGCAACAGAAAGGACAAGUACGACAGUGUGAAGAAGUAUCUGUGUGUGGACUGCCCCACACCCAGCCAGUGUGUGGUGGCCCGCACCCUCGCUAAACAACAGGCCCUCAUGACCGUGGCCACCAAGAUCGCCCUGCAGAUUAACUGCAAGAUGGGAGGAGAGCUGUGGAGCGUGGAGAUCCCACUGAAGCAGCUGAUGAUUGUGGGAAUUGACUGCUACCAUGACACGGCUGCUGGCAAGAGAUCAAUUGGAGCUCUGGUGGCCAGUCUUAACCAGGGCAUGUCCAGGUGGUUCUCAAAGUGUGUGCUGCAGAACCGUGGACAGGAGAUCAUGGACGGACUCAAGGUGGCGCUGCAAGGUGCCCUGAAGGCGUGGCUGAAGCACAACAACUGCCUGCCGUCACGUAUCAUUGUGUACAGAGACGGAGUGGGAGACGGGAUGCUGCAGAGUGUGGUCAACUACGAGGUGCCACAGAUCAUGGAGUCCAUCAAGACCAUGGGACACGACUAUGCACCCAAACUAACCUUGGUGGUUGUGAAGAAGCGCAUCAGUUCCAGGUUCUUUGCCCGCAUUGAUGGCAAGCUGACCAACCCUCCCCCUGGAACAUGCAUCGAUACUGAGGUCACCCGCCCAGAAUGGUACGACUUCUUCAUUGUCAGCCAGGCCGUCCGCAUGGGCAGUGUCUCCCCAACCCACUACAAUGUGGUGUACGACAGCAGUGGACUGAAGCCUGACCACAUGCAGCGACUGACCUACAAACUCUGCCACAUGUACUACAACUGGCAGGGAAUCAUCCGAGUGCCUGCACCCUGUCAAUACGCCCACAAAUUGGCCUUCCUGGUGGGCCAGAGCAUCCACAGAGAGCCCAACAUGAACCUGGAUGACUUCCUUUACUACCUGUAAGAGAGUACAAGCUAACUAAAGAGCACACUGUUUGAUUUUUGUUCAGGAAAUUGACUGAAUUUACUUAGGGGGUAAAGUGGUUCGGAUAUUCCCCCAUUUACAGGAGAGUGAAAACAUUUUUUUUUUUUUAUACUUCAGCAAUUUGAUUAUCUUCUGUUUUAUGCUGUUUUAUUUGAAAAAAUAUUUGUAGAUGGUCAUUGCAAAGUGUUUUAUUUGUGUGACAUGGUAUGAGACUGUUUUGAGAAGUUUGCUACCUCAGCUUUUAUUUUGGCUGUACAGUGCAUUUGGAAAGUAUUCAGACCCCUUGACUUUCUCCACAUUGUUACGUUACAGCCAUAUGCUAAAAAUGGAUUAAAUUGCUGUUUUUCUCAACAAUUUACACGCAAUACCUAAUAAUGACCAUGCAAAAAUAUGUAAGUAUUCAGACUCUUCACGCAGUACUUUGUGGAAGCACCUUUGGCAGCGAGUACAACCUCAAGACAUCUUGGGGUUGACGUUACAAGCUUGGCACACCUGUAUUUGGGGAGUUUCUCCCAAUCUCUGCAGAUCCUCUCAAGCUCUGUCAGGUUGGAUGGGGAGCGUUAUUGCAUAGCUAUUUUCAGGUCUCCAGAGAUGUUC